AAUUGAUACCAGUUUUACAGUAACCAAUCGUGAGGAAACUAUCAUAGACACCGUCAAUAAGUUCACAUUGAGACAGGCAUUCAAAAUGGUAUCCAAGCUCCAAAUAUCAUCAGCCCUCUGCCUUGUGGUCCUGGUGACAGUGACAGUUGGGCAAAACAGUGAUCAAAUACCCGAUCCAGGCAUAUGCGUUGGAGUCAACGCGGAUACUCGCUGUAGUUUGAGUUGCCUCAUGUACUCUAAAUACGUAGAAGGCUAUUGCGAAGAUGGAUUUUGCCACUGUCAAGGCCGUAAACCUGUGCCUCCGUCAGCGGAUCCAGUCCCUUACGGACGAUGUGCUUCAGUGGAUGGAGAUGGGAAAUGUAAUUUGACGUGCCUGUUCUUCCAGAAAUUUAAGGAAGGAUUCUGUCAAGACGGAGUCUGCAUGUGUUCUCCGAAAUAAACAUAACUGCGUGCCUUACAGUGUCAUACAACUCAUUGGACUCGAAUUUCGUUUUGAUUAAAAUAAAGGAAACUAGUAGAAAAGU